ACUUGACAUCAGAUGACAGUGAUUCAAAUAGAGAUUUUGAUAAGGACGAUGACGGCUUCGAUUCUGAUGAGGAUGAUGAAUUUACACUGUGCACUUCCACAACCAAGAUGGAAAUUAUGACAGGUAUGCAGCAGGUGGAGAAAGAGAUCAAGCCAUGCCAGAAGACAGGAUUGGUAAUGAAAGCAUCACUGACGAGACUAUUGUUCUGCAAGUUGAAGAUUUAGAGUUUAUUCAGGAUCCUUCUACUCUUCCACCAACUUCCUCACACACUACGGGCAGUAGAGCACAAGCAUCCAAGCCCUCAAGACGCCUGCUGUGGAACAAAGUAUCAGACGGAUCCCCUUCUCCAAUGCCAACAUUCAUCCCUAGUGAUGCUGAAGUCUCAAACAGUAGUGACUCUGAUACAUAUUUAGGAAACCCAGUAUGGUAUUUCAAAAAGUUUUUCACACCAGAAUUCUUAGAUAGUAUAGUCUACCAGUCUAAUCUCUAUGCAUCACAAAAAAAUGUAAGCAAACCACUCAACCUUACUAGGGAUGAGCUGGAGCAAUGGCUUGGAUUACUCAUUCAUUUCACCAUAAUCAGAACUCCCCAAACAAGCUUGCACUGGUCUGGAGAACUAUUCGGAAGGUAUAGAGACUAUACAGCAAUGGUCAUGAGCAGAAACAGGUGGGAGACUAUAAAAUCAAACUUACAUAUUCGGGAUAAUAAUGAUGAUAUAAACAAUGACAAGCUUUUCAAAGUCAGACCAAUGUUAGAUCAUUUGAGGAAGGAGUUUCAGAAACUUCCCAUGCAACAAAAUAUCUGCAUUGAUGAGCAGAUGGUGCCCUUCAAAGGAAGGCAUCAGCCGAAGCAGUACCUUCCUAUGAAGCCCAAGAAAUGGGGCUUCAAGAUCUUUGUACUUGCAGACAGUGGGGGUCUCAUUCAUGACUUCAUUCCUUACACAGGCUCUAUUCAACCUUUGAAUAAAAAAGGUAUUCCAGACCUUGGUGCAUCUUCAAACAUAGUGUUGCACUUGGCUGAGACAAUACGAAACAAUAGCAACCAUGUCCUUUAUUUUGACAAUUGGUUCACUUCAGCUCCAGCAGCCACAAACAUCUGGCUGAUAGAGGCAUCUGGUGUUGUGGGACAGUUAGGCCAUGCCGGCUUCCAGGGCUAAAAUUAUCUUCAGAUGCUGACAUGAAGAAGAAAGGUAGAGGCACACAUGAGGAAUGGAAGUCGUCUGGUGAUGACAGAGAAGUGACAGUAGUCAAAUGGUUGGAUAAUAAAGGCGUGACCUUGCUGUCCACCUUUGCUAACAGUCUUCCAUCUCAUACUGCACAACGGUAUGACAAAACAAUGAAGAAAGUAAUAGAGAUCCCACAACCAAAUAUAGUCAAGUUGUACAACAAGAACAUGGGUGGUGUGGAUCUGGCUGAUUGCCUUCUGUCAUUGUACAGAAUACCAGUGCGAUCGAAGAAGUACUACCAUAAACUUGUUUUUCAUAUGAUUGACAUGACUAUCAAUCAGGCUUGGUUGAUGUAUCGAAGGGACUACGAGAAGAAUAAGAUCCCACUGGAGAAAAGGCAUUCCCUACUCUCUUUCAGGAUGUCUCUUUCUGAGUCACUCAUCAAAGCCGGGAAGUAUGUCCCUGAAAGAGGUCGUCCAUCCUCAAGUCCGACGACGGAUGAUAAACCACAGAAAAAACGCAAACAGUUGAGUCAAGUCAGACCACAGAAUGAUCUGAGACUGGACAAAAUAGGUCAUUUUCCAGAGGUAAAAAAUCCUCGCUUGUACUGCAAGCGACUUGGAUGUAAGGGUCGCACAAACAUCAGGUGCAUCAAAUGCAAUGUCAACUUGUGCCUAAAUGACAAAAAUAAUUGCUUCCUGCAAUUCCACACCUAAGACAAUUUCUCUCUCUCUCUCUCUCUCUCUCUCUCUCUCUCUCUCUCUCUCUCUCUCUCUCUCUCUCUCUCUCUCUCUCUCUCUCUCUCUCUUUCUCUCUCUCACUCUCUCUAAUCUUGAUGAAAAAAAGGAGACAUUUUUGUCUUGUUUACAUUAUGGAAACUGAUAAAAUUUGCACAUUUGUGUUUAUUGAGGAUAUAAUUUUAUAUACUAGUUUCUCCUAUUGUCAUGAAAUUAUGCUUUUGUGUUUAUUUUGUAUAACAAAUAUAGUCUCCAAGUAAGAUGUCAGACAAAAAGGUCUUCAAUACAUCAAAAUGUAAUAAAACUGUAUACUGCAUUUGAUGCCAAUAUCCUUUCCCUGGUGACCAACAUGACGAAUUCGUCAUGUGGCUAUAUAAUUGUACGUGCUGUAGUACUUUCUACAAAAAUAUAUAUAAUCAAUUUACUAGGUCCAUACAAGUCUUAAAACCAAA